CCAAAAUUCAAGUUACAGGAAAGAAAAAGCAGCUCCCCUGUUGUCGGCUGUAAACACGGGUCUGUAUCCCUGUGUCUCCACUUUUUUAAUUUUAUUUUUUGAGUCAGAUAGCACGCGUUUGCCUCCGGAACCUGCGGAGAGAAAAACAGGACAACUUUUAAAAUGCAUAUCAAGUCUGUUAUUAUUGAAGGAUUCAAAUCCUACGCACAGAGGACCGAAAUCAACGGAUUUGAUCCGCUGUUCAACGCCAUCACAGGACUGAACGGCAGCGGCAAGUCCAAUAUUUUAGACUCGAUAUGUUUCCUUUUGGGCAUUUCCAAUCUCACCCAUGUGCGAGCCUCGAACCUCCAGGACCUGGUUUACAAAAACGGACAGGGUGGCAUCACCAAAGCCACUGUGUCUAUCACCUUUGACAACACCAACAAAAGCCAGAGUCCUCUGGGGUUUGAAACCCAUGACGAGAUCACUGUCACGAGACAGGUGGUGAUUGGAGGCAGAAACAAGUACCUCAUCAAUGGAGUCAAUGCCAACAACACAAGAGUGCAGGAUUUGUUCUGCUCUGUAGGCCUCAACGUCAACAACCCACAUUUUCUCAUCAUGCAGGGGAGGAUCACUAAAGUUCUGAACAUGAAGCCACCAGAGAUCCUUGCCAUGAUUGAGGAGGCUGCGGGAACCAGGAUGUAUGAGUGCAAGAAGAUUAGUGCUCAAAAGACCAUUGAGAAAAAGGAGGCUAAGCUGAAAGAGAUCCAGACUAUUUUGGAUGAAGAAAUUACUCCAACCAUGCAAAAACUGCAAGAGGAGAGAUCCUCAUACUUGGAGUACCAGAAGCUGAUGCGUGAGAUCCAGCACUUGUCCCGGCUGUACGUGGCUUGGCUUUUUGUGUGUGCAGAGGAAACAAAGGUGAAGUCAGCAGAGAAUCUAAAGGUGAUUCAGGAUAACAUCACCAAGAUGCAAGCCUGCAUGGCAGAGAACGAGAGCAAAGUCAAGGAACUCUCAGCCCAGAUUCAGGAGCUACAAAAGAAAAAAGACCAGGAGGUGAAUGGAGUAUUAAAAUCCCUGGAGGAGGCUCUAGCUGAUGUGCAACGAGUGGAUGCUAAAGCUCAGAGUGCUCUUGAUCUAAAGAAACAGAAUGUCAAAGAUGAAGCCAAGAAAAGAAAGGAGCUAGUCAAGAGUAUGGAGGAGGACAAGAAAAUGCUUGUGGUGAAAGAAAAGGAGGUUGCCAAGAUGGCAGAGCAGCUUAAGACUCUACAGGAGGAGGGACAGAAAGACAGUGCAGCUCUCGAAACAGCUGAGCAGCAUUUUAGGGCUGUGUCUGCGGGCCUUUCCUCCAAUGAGGAUGGAGAGGAGGCCACACUGGCUGGACAGAUGAUGACCUGCAAGAACGAAAUGAGCAAGGCUGAUACCGAGGCAAAGCAGGCCCAGAUGACCUUGAAGCAUGCACAGGCAGAGCUUAAAACCAAACAGGCUGAAGUGAAAAAGAUGGACAGUGGCUACAAGAAAGACCAAGAUGCCCUGCAGGCUGUCAAGAGCAACAGGGAAAAACUGCAGGCUGAGCUAGCCAAACUUAACUAUGAAGAUGGGAAGGAGGAGAGUCUCCUGGAGAAGAGAAGGCAGCUGUCCAGAGAGGUCUCCAAACUCAAAGAGACUUAUGAGAGUCUUAUGUCUCGCUUCCCUAACUUGCGCUUUGAAUACAAGGACCCAGAGCGAGGAUGGGACCGCAGCAAAGUAAAGGGGCUGCUAGCUAAUCUGAUCACAGUCCGUGAUGUCUCUUACUCAACCGGACUGGAGGUCGUUGCAGGAGGUCGUCUUUAUAACAUUGUGGUCGACACAGAGGUGACUGGUAAGAAGCUGUUGGAGAAGGGAGAGCUUCAACGUAGAUACACCAUCAUCCCGCUGAACAAGAUCUCUGCCAAGACACUCAGUGACAGAGUGGUCAGUGCUGCCAAAGGCCUGGUCGGGGAAGACAACGUCCACACAGCUCUGUCCCUGGUAGGCUAUGAAUCUGACCUGCGUAAGGCCAUGGAGUAUGUCUUUGGCUCCACCCUAGUGUGUGACACCCUGGACAAUGCCAAAAAAGUGGCUUUUGAUAAGCAGGUGAUGACGAAGACUGUCACUCUCGGUGGGGACAUCUUUGAUCCUCAGGGAACUUUGAGUGGAGGUGCUCGCUCUCAGUCGGCAUCUGUUCUGUCCAGCCUGCAGGAGCUGAAGGAAGUUCGGGACAAUUUGAAUGAGAAAGAAGCCCAUCUGCAGGAAACUGAACGACAGCUGUCUAGCCUCAAGGGAAUCGCAGAGAAGUACCGCCAGCUGAAGCAGCAGUAUGAGUUGAAGGUGGAGGAGGAGCAGAUUCUGCAGGCCAAAGUGCAGCAGAGUUCCUUCCACCAGCAGCAAGAGGAGCUGGAGAGGCUGCGCAAGGCUAUUGAGGAGAGCGAGGAGACUUUGCGCCACACCAAGGAGGUGCAGAAAAAGGCUGAAGAGAAGUACAAGGUACUGGAAAACAAGAUGAAGAAUGCUGAGGCAGAGAGGGAGAAAGAGCUGAAAGCGGCUCAGCAGAAACUCAAUGCAGCCAAGGCCAAAGCAGAUGCUUUUAAUAAGAAACUGAAGCAGAAGCAGCAGGAGUCUGAGGCUGUGGCCCUGGAGCUAGAGGAGCUGCGGAGAGAGCAGGCUGGUUAUGAGCAGCAGAUUCAGGCUGUUGAUGAAGCAACAAAGGCAAUCCAAGAGCAGAUAGACAGCAUGGCUUGCACUGUGUCACAGAACAAGGAUGCUGUACGUAAAGCCCAGGACGAGCUCACCAAACAGAAGGAAGUGAUAAUGGCUCAGGACAAAGAGCUUAAGGCGAAGAGUUCAGAAGCCAAUAAAAUAAGGGAGCAGAACAAUGAAGUCCAGCUGAAGAUCAAGGAACUGGAGCACAACAUUAGUAAGCACCGCAAGGACACCCAGGAUGCUGCUGACAAGGUGUCUCGAAUGCUGGAGGAACACGACUGGAUCCAAUCAGAGCGUCAGUUCUUCGGCCAGCCAAACACAUCCUACGACUUUAAGACCAACAACCCAAAAGAAGCCGGUCAGCGGCUGAAGAAGCUGGAGGAGACCACCAACAAGCUGGAGAGAAAUGUCAACAAGAGAGCCAUGAACAUGCUGAACGAGGCAGAAGAGAGGUACAAUGACCUGAUGAAGAAGAAGAGGAUUGUGGAGAACGACAAAGCAAAGAUCUUGCAGACCAUUGAGGAGCUGGACCAGAAGAAAAAUGAGGCUCUGAACUUGGCCUGGCAGAAGGUAAACAAAGACUUUGGCUCGAUUUUCUCCACUCUGCUACCAGGGGCCACAGCCAAACUGGCUCCUCCUCAGGGCUGUGGUGUCUUGGAUGGCCUUGAGUUCAAGGUGGCCUUGGGUAACACUUGGAAGGAGAAUCUUACUGAGCUCAGCGGAGGUCAAAGAUCCUUGGUGGCUUUGUCUCUUAUUUUGGCCAUGCUGCUCUUCAAACCUGCCCCCAUCUACAUCUUGGACGAAGUGGAUGCUGCCCUAGAUCUGUCACAUACACAGAACAUUGGACAGAUGCUGCGUACACAUUUUAGACACUCGCAGUUUGUUGUGGUGUCUCUUAAGGACGGCAUGUUCACCAACGCCAACGUCCUCUUCAAGACCAAGUUUGUCGACGGCAUGUCCACAGUUUCACGGACUGCACUCAGCCAGAGUGACGCCAAUCUUCCUCAGAAAGGCCAAGAGAAAGCUCGUCUAAAAGACAAGAGGAACAAACAGCUCAUCAGCUAAUCGUAGCACUGAAAUAGCCCAAUAGUUGCUUUGAAUUCUUUUAUACAGCUUUCUUUAACUCCUGUCACUUAACAUGAGGAAGUGGCAUCUGUUAAUAUUAUCAGUAAUCAAUGUGUAUAUUCUCCUUUUCUUUGUUUCUGGGAGUUUUAACAGGUUUAAUCUGUAAAUUUAUUAGAUUUUCUAAACCAUCCUUUUACUGUUCUGUUUUUGUGCUCUUCUGCUACAGGAUUUUAUGUGCAGCUACUGCGUUCAUUUAUUUUACUAAAUAAAGCAGUCAAGUGUUA